AUGUCUGAAAAAGAGGAAGCAAAACCGAAGCCCCUUCCACCUGUUGUUAAUUUCCUAAAGGCCGGGCUGUCAGGAAUGUGCGGUACUUGCAUUUGCCACCCGAUGGACGUGAUGAAAAACCGAAUGCAAAUGUCUCCGGGUGUCCCCGUGUCGGAAAUUAUCAAGAAAAUCUCGAAGACGGAAGGAAUUUUCAGUUUCUACUCAGGACUUUCGGCAGGCCUCGUGAGACAGGCCACCUACACAACGACCAGGCUGGGAAUUUACAACCAACUGCAGGAUUACUGGAAAGCGAAUUACCCGAGUCCUCCCAAUUUUCGGGUUUUGUGCGGCAUGGCGAUGUGCUCCGGCUGCUGCGGAGCUUUCGUCGGCACUCCAGCAGAGGUCGCCCUGGUCAGAAUGACUUCGGAUGGACGAUUACCACCGAGUGAACGAAGGAAUUAUAAGAACGUAUUCGACGCUUUCUUGCGAAUCGCCAGGGAAGAAGGACCGACGACACUUUGGCGUGGAACCGUCGCCACAGUUGGUAGAGCAGCCGUCGUCAACGUCUCCCAACUGGCAACUUACAGCCAAUCUAAACAGAUCAUCUCUACCAAAUUUGGCGUCCCUGAAAGCCUGGUGUUGCAUUUCUACGCAUCCAUGGUGUCGGGCUUCUUCACCGCGUUCAACUCCAUGCCCUUCGACAUUGCGAAGACAAGAAUCCAGAAUUCGAAAUCAUCAGGCAAACCACCAGGAGUGAUCACCGUGAUUAUGGAAAUCACGAAGAAAGAGGGAGUCCCAGCCCUUUGGAGAGGAUUUUGGCCCACCUACGGUAGAAUAGGACCCAUGACUAUGAUCGUCCUCAUCCUGAACGAACAGUUCACACAUUUAUACAGAGCAAUCUUUAAGUAA